UUCAAAAAAUGGCUAUGAAACUACUGAGCUGUUUUGCAGCAUGUCUGUUGCUUCUUCAUUCAUCCUACGCCUUACCCCCAAAUGACGUUCAGACUCGAGGCAUUUUUGAAAAGUUGAUUAACAGCACUUUUAACAACCUAAUCGCUGGAACACCAGAAGACAUUUCCAUUCUCAACUUCAACAUACCCUUUAACAGCCAUAUUGUUAGAGGGAAUAUUAGCUAUGACACUUUGUAUGUUACUGGAAUGAAAGGGCUGGUGGCGUCCUACAUCAAAGUGAACAUCCUGAACAUGCACUUGAAUAUGACUAUCUUGCUUCCAUCUUUGAAAGUCAGCUUGGGCAAAUACAACGUAGAUCUGAACGUCACUGGGCAUCGAAUUCAUAGAACUGGAGACGUUAAUUUUGAGCUACUUAAUUCGGAGUUGACCAUCAAUAGCAAAGUGAGCUUCAUUAACGGAAUCAGCCUGAAGGAUAUCUCUGUAACCCCACAAUUGGGGACCUUUGGCAUCAGUUGUUUACCUUUCAAAGAAAUUAAAAGCAAAAUUAUUUCUGAAUUUGUUAACACCAACCUGGUGCCAAGGAUCAACAAGAAGGUCGAAACAAUUGCCAAAAUUAACAGCUCUAUUUUGGAAGAAAUCAUAAACGCCAUCCUCCGUUAAGUUAAGGGCAAUUUAUCGAAGCUGAAACAUUAUACCUUAAUUAAUUACAAUCAUAUUUAAUAAGUUAAAGUUACUUAAUAUAAAAUAUAUGUUUAAAUUAGUAUAAUACUCGAAUAAUUUUAAAAAAUGAGAUAAUUUGUGCUAUUUUAGACUACUUAAUUAAAAAAAGUGUUCGUAAGGAAAAUGUGAUUUUUAAUUAUUUCACAGAAUUACGAAUUGGUUAACAAAUUCGUGUUUCACUUUUCCUGGAAAUAAAUAUUUUGCUUUAAAAGUCCGAGAUAGAGAGGGGAAUCACAUAAGUCAAAAUGUAAUCCUUGAACGAACAGGAGAAACGAAACGCGUGUAAACUGGGUUGCCUAUAGGCAAACAUAAAAGUAAUUAGAAUACAUACAGGUAUUUAAUUUUGAUACCUGCACAGACAUUAAUGCGAUUUUAAUUUAUGAAACAUCAAAAUUCCGAUUUAAUUCAGUUAAGAAUUCCCGAAUUAGUAUAUUUAAAUGCCUUACAACAAAUACAAUAUUAAAAGUUAAUUAGUAGUCACGUAGGCAGACCAAUGUUCAAACCAAUUUAGUUAUUUUAAAAGUUUUGUAACAUCUAAAAAGAUAAAUAAUCGCACAAUUAGUAAAAAUUAAAUUUUAAAUAUAUUUUUUAUUAAUGUUACUCCACGUUGUUAAAGAAUUUUACAUUAAAAUGAAUUAAUGUGAGCAUAAAAUAAGUUGAAAAGCUUUAAAUACAAUAUUAAUAGUUAAUUAGUAAACUAACUUAGUUCUUUUAGUAGUUUUGUAACAUUUAAGAU